UCAACUCUCUCUCUCUCUCUCUCUCUCUCUCUCUCUCUGAUACAGAGACACAAAUACACAGAAUAUGGCAAGUUCUUGUGUGGGAAUAGUGUGUUUGGUCAUAGUAUUGUGUUCAGCUGUGCCAAGUUUGGCCACAGUUUACACAGUAGGGGACUCGAGUGGAUGGGCUAUUGGUGUUGAUUACAGCACCUGGACUAGUGGCAAGACCUUCACUGUUGGUGACAGCCUCAUGUUCAAUUAUGGAAGUGGGCACACCGUAGAUGAAGUGAGUGGAAGCGACUACAAGUCUUGCACAGUAGGCAAUGCGAUCAACACAGACAGUAGUGGGUCCACCAGCAUUCCUCUCAAGGCCACCGGGACUCGUUACUUCAUAUGUGGUGUAGUUGGUCACUGUGGCAGUGGCAUGAAGCUAUCUGUCACCGUCACUGCCGCCUCCACCACUACACCCUCCGGAUCUCCGCCUUCCACCACCACCCCUUCUCCAACAACCACCACUCCGGCAACGCCAACCACCACUACAACACCAACCACCACUACAACACCAACGCGCUCGGCUUCGUCUUCAUCGGGAACUCUUCUCCCUCCUUUUGUAGCUGUGGUGAUGGUUACUUUGGUUUCAUUGUUUAGGUUUAUUCUUUCGUAAUUUUGGCAAGGGUGGGUUGUUGCUCUAGCCAGGAUAGAGGCAGUGCUCUCUCUCUCUCUCUCUCUCUCUCUCUCUCUCUUCACGUUUCUCUUUUUCUCUCUGUUUUCGGUUGUAUUGAGAUUUUAGUGCUGUUAUGAUUGAGUAGGUUAUUUGUUGUCAUGUGGGAAUAUUGAUGAUUAUGGUGCAUGAUUAGGCUCAUAGCCUCAUACCCUACU